AUGGCGGUCAACCCAGAAUCACUCACCUACUUCACUGCCAUUGAGGGUUGCACACCGCCCCAGGGCGAAGAGUGCAGCGUCUGCCUGGAAGCACUGGAGGGGCCAGCUCCCCAGUACGACAACAAUUCCGGGGCUGACGGUCAUAAGACCGUCUUCAUCAAGACCGUUCACAGUUCGCGUGUGCAGCAACCGCCAACUGACUACUUGGUGUUUGCAGAGUUCCCGGGUCAUGAGAUUGAGGAGCACGACGCUGGCCGUCGUGCUGGUCUUCAGUCGACUUGGGCUCAGGUCGCCCGGGCAAGUGAACGACUCGGAUUGAAAUGGAUGGGAGGAAACACUACCUUACCAAAAAUCCUCGUCCUCUUCACCGGCGGCACCAUAGCCGGCGGCUCCAUCUACGGCGCCCUCGAUGACACGCAAUACGGCCAACUGAGCCUAACCGCGGAAUCAAUAAUCGCCCGAAACUCGUACCUCCUCAACCACACCCAACUCGCCGUCUCAAACUGGACAUCCGCCUCCUCCGGCUCCCCAGGCUCCACGGGCACCAACGACGCUCUGGUAAUGAACAUGACACGCUUCGCGCACGACGCUCUGUGUUCCCCCGACAGCGAUAUCGCCGGCGCGGUAUACACGCACGGCACGAAUUCGCUCGAGGAAACAGCUUUCUUACUAGACGCCCUGGUCAACUGCGGGAAACCAAUCGUUGCAACAGGGAGCAUGCGCCCAUUUACCCAUUUAUCGUAUGACGGCGAUGCGAAUUUCUUUGACGCGGUGGCGCUGGCGGCGAGUAAGGAGGCUGUGGGGAGGGGAUUGUUAGUAGCGUUUAAUGCGAGGAUUAUAUCGGGGUAUUGGGUUACGAAACUUUUUUCUACCAAUCCGGAUGCUUUUGGUGCUACGGCUGGGGGUGAUCUAGGUCUUUUCGUCAACUCGCUGCCGGUUUUUUAUAAUUCGCCCAGUCGGCCGCUGUGGAAGAAGGAGUUUGAUGUUGGGCUUGUGUCGCGACAUGGGAGUUUUCCGGGGCUGCCUAAAGUGGAUAUCUUGUAUGCGGCGAGGGGGUUUGAUGGCAGGUUAGCGUUGGAUGCGUGGGGGAAUGGGGCGAAGGGGGUCGUUAUUGCUGGCACGGGGAAUGGGGGUGUGCCUAGUGGUGAGGAGCAGAUUCUGGAGGCGAUGGAGAAGGGGUUGCAGGUUGUGGUGGGCACGAGGAGUCCGUUUGGACCGGCGAGUCCGGCGAGGACGCCCACGUGGGCGACGGCUGGGUUGCUGCAUCCGAUUCAGGCAAAGAUUAUGUUGCAGUUGGGGAUUGCGAGUGGGAUGGAUAUGAAUGGGACGAUUGAGAUGUUUGAGGGGGGGUUUAGGGGGGCGAUUAGGCAGGUGUGGAGGGUGGGGAGUUAG